AUGUCUCCAUACUUCGACAGCUACAACACCUCAAUCCUGGCCAUUCCAGCCUACGUCAUCCCUCGCUCAUGCCCAGUCACAUUCUUGCCUCACGUCCUCGCUAUCAAUGUUGCUAUGCUGGGCAACUUGCUCGCCUGGGACAAUCGCAAUCCGCGUUCUAGCGACCUGAAAGCUCAGCUCAAGCAGCGCCUACCAGCUGUAACCUAUGCCAAGCACGAGCGUAUGGAGGCCUGUCAUGCCAACAGGAUGGAGAACCUCCCUCUCUUCAUCGGAGCAGUCGUCCUAGGAAACAUGGCUGGACUGGCCCAGAGCGAUCUUGCUGAGUUUGGCGCUUGGUGCUUAGCUGUCAGGAUUGCAUACACAGUUGCCUACAUCACGACUUCGACUCAAGCGCCUACACUCAUUCGCAGUAGUCUUUGGAUCGCAGGUGUCUCGCUGUGCUUCCGCACUAUCAUUCGGGCUGCAGGAGCCAUGGCUGCAGAGGCCUAG